AUUGUUGCCGAGGACACGUUCAGCUGUCAGAGAUAACGCUGCCCGUGCUACUUUUACCUGGAGUUUCACCGCCAUGGACUUAGCGGAGGAUAGCGCCGUGGAAAUGAUCCCGUGCUGACCCACUUCUCCCUGCGUGGCCGUGUCUCUCUCGCCGCCUCGUUCACGCCGUGUGUCGCUCCUGCCAGGUCCAGUCAACCCUCAGAAAUCAUGUCGGAGAAAAUGUCCAGUUUCCUCCAUAUAGGGGACAUUUGUUCCCUGUAUGCUGAGGGCUCCACCAGCGGCUUCAUCAGCACUUUGGGGCUGGUAGACGACCGCUGUGUGGUGCAGCCGGAUUCAGGCGACCUCAACAACCCUCCCAAGAAAUUCAGAGACUGCCUUUUCAAACUGUGUCCUAUGAACAGAUACUCUGCACAGAAACAGUUCUGGAAGGCAGCGAAACCUGGAGGCAACAGCACCACCGACACCGUCCUCCUCACCAAACUGCAUCAUGCGGCGGACCUCGAGAAGAAGCAGAACGAGUCUGAAAACCGCAAGCUGCUGGGAUCCGUCAUCCAGUAUGGAAAUGUCAUUCAGCUGCUUCACUUGAAAAGCAAUAAAUACCUGACGGUGAACAAGCGGCUACCUGCGCUCUUGGAGAAGAACGCCAUGAGAGUGACUCUGGACUCGGCAGGAAAUGAGGGAUCCUGGUUCUACAUCCAGCCCUUCUACAAGCUCAGAUCCCUGGGAGACAGUGUGGUCAUCGGAGAUAAAGUGGUCCUUAACCCUGUGAAUGCGGGACAGCCCCUGCAUGCCAGCAGCCACCAGCUGGUGGAUAACCAGGGCUGCAAUGAGGUUAAUUCGGUGAACUGCAACACAAGUUGGAAAGUUGUUCUCUUUAUGAUGUGGAGUGACAACAAAGAAACGAUCCUUAAAGGGGGAGACGUCGUGCGGCUGUUCCACGCGGAGCAGGAGAAGUUUCUCACCUGUGACGACUACAAGAAGAAGCAGUACGUGUUUCUGAGAACAACCGGCCGGCAGUCUGCAACAUCUGCAACCAGCAGUAAAGCAUUGUGGGAAGUGGAGGUGGUCCAUCAUGAUCCAUGCAGAGGAGGAGCAGGCUACUGGAACAGCCUCUUCAGGUUUAAACAUUUGGCCACUGGAUGCUACAUGGCUGCCGAGGUCGGUGAGGUGAAUCCAGACUUUGAGGAGGAGAGUGCCGAGCAGCGCUCCUCCGUGGUGGACUUCACACCCUUUAAUUUCCAGCUGGAUGGAGAUAACGAAGCUCUGCGAGGCCGCCUGCGGGCUCCACUGGAGAAGAUCAUGUACACUCUGGUGCCCGUUCCUGAUGGCAUGGACAUCUCCUCCAUCUUCGAGCUGGACCCCACCACUCUGAGGGGGGGGGACUCCAUGGUGCCCAGGAGCUCCUACGUCCGGCUGAGACACUUGUGCACCAACACUUGGGUUCACAGCACCAACAACCCCAUCGACAAAGAGGAGGAGAAACCCGUCAUGUUACGGAUUGGAACAUCAGGACUAAAAGAAGAUAAGGAGGCUUUUGCUAUAGUACCGGUCCCACCAGCAGAAGUGCGUGAUUUGGACUUUGCUAAUGAUGCAAGUAAAGUGUUGGCCUCCAUCGCUGGCAAACUGGAGAGGGGGACCAUUACACAAAACGAGCGAAGGUUUGUGACCAAGCUCCUGGAGGACCUGGUUUUCUUCGUGGUGGACAUUCCCAACAGUGGACAGGAUGUUUUGGAGAUCAUGGUCAACAGGCCCAACCGAGAGAGACAGAAGCUGAUGAGGGAGCAGAACAUCCUGAAACAGAUCUUCAAACUUCUCCAAGCUCCUUUCACUGACAGCGGCGACGGUCCCAUGCUGCGGCUGGAGGAACUUGGAGAUCAGCGCCACGCGCCAUUUAGGCACAUCUGCAGGCUUUGCUACCGAGUGCUCCGCCAUUCCCAGCAGGACUACAGGAAGAACCAGGAAUAUAUAGCCAAGCAGUUCCGCUUCAUGCAGAAGCAGAUCGGUUAUGACGUGUUGGCAGAGGACACGAUAACGGCUCUCCUGCACAACAACCGGAAGCUGCUGGAGAAGCACAUCACGGCUGCAGAGAUCGACACCUUUGUAACUCUGGUGAGGAAGAACCGGGAGCCGAGGUUCCUGGACUACCUGUCGGACCUCUGCGUGUCCAUGAAUAAAUCCAUCCCCGUGACGCAGGAGCUCAUCUGCAAUGCAGUGCUGGACUCCAGCAACGCCGACAUCCUCAUCGAAACCAAACUGGUCCUGUCGAGGUUUGAGAUCGAGACGACGACGCCAAACGGGGAAAACCCUGUAGAGGCGGAGGACGAGGAGGAGGUGUGGCUGUUCUGGAAAGACAACUGCAAGGAGAUCCGGAGUAAGAGUAUCCGGGAGUUGGCUCAGGAUGCCAAGGAAGGCCAGAAGGAAGACCAAGAGGUGGUCAGCUACUACAGGUGCCAGCUGAACCUCUUUGCCCGGAUGUGUCUGGACCGUCAGUAUCUGGCCAUCAACAAGAUCUCAGGUCAGCUGGAUGUGGAUUUGAUCCUGCGCUGCAUGUCGGAUGAGGACCUGCCGUUUGACUUGCGAGCGUCUUUCUGCCGCCUGAUGCUGCACAUGCACGUGGACCGGGAUCCUCAGGAGCAGGUCACGCCUGUCAAAUACGCCCGUCUGUGGUCUGAGAUUCCCUCCAAAAUUGCGAUUGACGACUACGACACCGAUGAAACCACUCGAGAUGAGAUCAAAGAGCGGUUCAGCCUCACCAUGGACUUUGUAGAGAACUACUUGAGAGAAGUCGUGUCCCAGAAUGUUCCCUUCUCUGAUAAGGAGAAGAACAAGCUCACCUUCGAGGUGGUGAACCUAGCAAGGAACCUCAUAUACUUUGGGUUCUACAACUUCAGUGACUUGCUGCGCUUGACAAAGAUCCUGCUCAACAUCUUAGACUGCGUGCACGUCAGCACCGUUUACCCCAUCCCCAAAAUCGAAAAAGGGGACGAAAACAAAGCGGGGAGUAACGUGAUGAAGUCCAUCCAUGGAGUCGGGGAGCUGAUGACGCAGGUGGUUCUGCGAGGAGGCGGUUUGCUGCCUGCAGCGCAGGUCCAUCAGCCCGAGGGAGAUGUGGUCAAGACGCAGGCUGAACCGGAGAGAGAAGACAUCAUGGUCAUGGACACGAAGCUCAAGGUCAUCGAGAUUCUUCAGUUCAUUUUGAACGUACGGCUAGACUACAGGAUAUCCUGCCUGCUGUGUAUUUUCAAACGGGAGUUUGAUGAGAACAACCCACAAGGAGACAACACGUCCAGUCAGAACGGAAGCAUCACAGGUCAAAUGCCAGGUAAUUUUAACUUUGAGAACAUUGAGGAACAGGCUGAGGGGAUCUUUGGAGGAAGUGAGGAGAACACGCCGCUAGACCUGGAUGACCACGGCGGCCGCACGUUCCUAAGGGUCCUGCUGCACCUCACCAUGCAUGACUACCCCCCCCUCGUCUCUGGAGCGCUUCACCUCCUCUUCAGACACUUCAGCCAGAGACAGGAAGUCCUCAUGGCUUUCAAACAGGUCCAGCUGCUCGUCACCAGUCAAGACGUUGAAAACUACAAGCAGAUCAAGUCAGAUCUGGACCAGCUGCGCUCAAUUGUGGAGAAAUCGGAGCUGUGGGUUUACAAAAGGCAGGGGGAGGAUGGGAUGGACGGAGACGGACCUUCAGAGUCUGAAAGCAAAAAGAAGGGAGAUUCUUCCGGCUCAGACAAGAAGAAAACUGAGAGCACCAGCAGUUACAACUACAGAGUUGUGAAAGAGGUCCUGGUGCGCCUCAGUAAACUGUGCGUCCAGGAGGGAAGCUCGGGAAAGAAGAGUAAGAAGCAGCAGCAGCGGCUGCUGAGGAACAUGGGAGCUCACAGCGUGGUGCUUGAACUCCUUCAGAUCCCCUACGAGAAGGGGGAAGACGUUCGAAUGCAGGAGAUCAUGAAACAGGCUCAUGAGUUUCUGCAGAACUUCUGUGCUGGGAACCAGCAGAACCAAAUUCUUCUCCACAAGCACAUCAACUUGUUUCUUAAUCCAGGAAUCCUGGAGGCCGUCACCAUGCAGCACAUCUUCAUGAAUAACUUCCAGCUGUGCAGCGAGAUCAACGAGCGUGUGGUUCAGCACUUUGUCCACUGCACCGAGACGCACGGUCGACAUGUCCAGUAUCUGAAGUUCCUGCAGACCAUCGUUAAAGCUGAGAACAAGUUCAUCAAGAAGUGUCAAGACACCGUCAUGGCGGAGCUGGUAAACUCUGGCGAAGAUGUCCUGGUCUUCUACAACGACCGAGCCUCCUUCCAGACCUUAAUCCAGAUGAUGCGCUCGGAGCGGGACCGCAUGGAUGAGAACAGCCACCUGAUGUACCACAUCCACCUGGUCGAGCUGCUGGCUGUGUGCACGGAGGGCAAGAACGUCUACACGGAGAUCAAGUGCAACUCUCUGUUACCCCUGGAUGACAUUGUGCGAGUCGUCACCCACGAGGACUGUAUCCCCGAGGUGAAGAUUGCCUAUAUUAACUUCCUGAACCACUGUUAUGUGGACACAGAGGUUGAGAUGAAGGAGAUUUACACAUCCAAUCAUAUGUGGAAGCUGUUUGAGAACUUUCUGGUGGACAUCUGCAGGGUGUGCAACAGCACCAGCGACAGGAAGCACGCGGACACCAUUCUGGAGCGUUACGUAACGGAGACGGUCAUGAGCAUCGUCACAUGCUUCUUCAGCUCGCCUUUCUCCGACCAGAGCACGAGUCUGCAGAUGGCCCGUCAUAUGUAUGCAGCCAUUCUUGGAAAGAUAACUGAGACUCGCCAGCCUGUGUUUGUGCAGCUGCUGCAGGGGGUUUUCAGGGUGUACCACUGCAGCUGGCUCAACCCCGUGCAGAAGGCCGCGGUGGAGGCCUGUAUUAAAGUGCUCUCAGACGUGGCCAAGAGCAGAGCAAUCGCCAUCCCCGUGGACCUGGACAGUCAGGUGAACAACCUGUUUGUGAAGUCCAACAACGUUGUACAGAAGAGCAUCCUCAACUGGAGGCUGUCUGCAAAGACCUCGACCAGACGAGACUCCUGCCUGUCGACCUCCAAAGACUACAGGAACAUCAUCGAGAGGCUUCAGGACAUCGUCUCCGCGCUGGAGGACCGCCUGAGGCCGCUGGUCCAGGCCGAGCUCUCGGUUCUGGUGGACGUCCUGCAUCGUCCAGAGCUGCUCUUCCCCGAAAACACAGAAGCUCGCAAGAAAUGUGAAAGUGGCGGAUUCAUAUCGAAACUAAUCAAACACACCAAGCAGUUACUGGAGGAGAACGAGGAGCGUCUGUGCAUCAAAGUGUUGCAGACUCUGCGAGAGAUGAUGACAAAGGACCGGGGCUACGGGGAGAAGCUGAUUGCCUUUGAUGAUGAGAUGGAUGUGGCGGAGCUGGCACCUCCGCCCGAGCCCGAAGUCCCUGCCGAGGAGCUUGAUCCCAACCAACCACUGAAGCAAGUGGAGGAUCAGAGAAGGGCCGAGGCGCUGCGACAGAUUCUUGUCAACCGUUACUAUGGAAAUGUCAAAUCUGGGCCGAGGAGAGAGAGCCUCACGGCGUUCAGCAAUGGUCCUCUUGCUGCUGGGGGGCAGGGAAAAGCACCCACAGUCGUCAGCUCUGGGGUCGGAGGUCGAGGGGAGCUCAGUUUGGCUGAAGUCCAAUGCCACCUGGACAAAGAGGGAGCUUCUGAUCUCGUCAUUGAUCUCAUCAUGAAUGCCACGAGUGAUCGGAUCUUCCAGGAGAGCAUAUUGUUGGCCAUCGCACUGCUGGAGGGUGGAAACACAGUCAUACAGCGCUCCUUCUAUCAUCGUUUGACGGGGGACAACAAGUCCGAGAAGUUCUUCAAGGUGUUUUAUGAGCGCAUGAAGUUGGCCCAGCAGGAAAUCAAAGCCACCGUGACGGUCAACACCAGCGACCUGGGCAGCAAGAAGAAGGACGAGGAACCGCCGGACAAAGACCAGCCGGCACGCAAGAAAGUGAAAGAUGUGCCGGUGGUCGCCACGGUGACCGAAGAGGCCAAGGAGCAGCUGGUGGAGGCCUCCACGGUCACCAAAAAGGCCUUCACAACCUACAAGCGCGAGGCCGAGGCCGAAGAGCACCAGGCGGCCGCCGACGGCACCCCGGUGCCGGCGGCCGAUAAGAGCCAGGACGAAGGCGAGAUGAGCGUCAUCAUCACCAUCAUGCAGCCCAUCCUGCGUCUCAUGCAGCUGCUCUGCGAGAACCACAACAGAGACCUGCAGAACUUUUUGCGCUACCAGAACAACAAGAACAAUUACAACCUGGUGUGUGAGACGCUUCAGUUCCUGGACUGCAUCUGUGGCAGCACGACGGGAGGGCUGGGGCUGCUUGGACUCUACAUCAACGAGAAAAACGUGGGCCUCAUCAACCAGACCGUGGAGAGCCUCACCGAGUACUGUCAAGGUCCCUGUCACGAGAACCAGAACUGCAUUGCCACCCAUGAGUGUAACGGCAUUGACAUCAUCAUUGCACUCAUCCUCAAUGACAUCAACCCCCUUGGCAAGAAGAGAAUGGACCUCGUGCUGGAGCUCAAAAAUAACGCAUCCAAGCUGCUUCUCGCCAUCAUGGAGAGCCGGCAUGACAGCGAAAAUGCAGAGAGGAUACUGUACAACAUGAGGCCGAAGGAGCUGGUGGAGGUGAUCAAAAAGGCCUACAUGCAAGGAGAGAUAGAGGUGGAGGAGCCACAGGGGGAGGGGGAGGAGGAAGAGGAGGAGCAUUCUGCUUCUCCCCGCAACGUUGGUCAUAAUAUCUACAUCUUGGCACAUCAGUUGGCCCGUCACAACAAGGAGCUGCAGGAGCUGCUGAAGCCGGGGGGCACGUAUGGAGAAGGUGACGAGGCGCUGGAGUUCUACGCCAAACACACGGCUCAGAUCGAGAUUGUACGGCUGGAUCGCACCAUGGAGCAGAUCGUCUUUCCCGUUCCCAACAUCUGCGAGUUCCUCACGCAAGAGUCCAAGCUGCGAGUGUACUACACCACGGAGCGGGACGAGCAGGGCAGCAAGAUCAAUGACUUCUUCCUGAGCGCAGAGGACCUCUUCAAUGAGAUGAAUUGGCAGAAGAAGCUGCGAGGGACUCAGGAGGCUCCCGGAGACCCAAACACGGUUCCCUCCCAGCCCAUCCUCUACUGGUGCUCCAGGAACAUGUCCUUCUGGAGCAGCAUCUCCUUCAACCUGGCUGUGCUCAUGAACCUCCUCGUGGCCUUCUUCUACCCGCUGGAAGGAGUCCGCGACGGCACCCUGGAGCCUCAUCUGUCGGCCCUGCUGUGGAUGGCCAUGUUAGUGUCUCUGGCUAUCGUCAUCGUCCUGCCUCAGCCUCACGGCAUCAGGGCGCUCAUCGCCUCCACCAUCCUGCGCCUCAUCUUCUCCGUAGGCCUGGAGCCCACGCUGCUCGCGCUGGGGGGCUUUAACUUACUUAACAAGAUGAUCUUCCUGAUGAGCUUCGUGGGGAAUCGGGGAACCUUCACGCGCGGAUACAAGGCCAUGAUCAUGGACGUGGAGUUCCUGUACCACCUGUUGUACCUGAUCAUCUGCAGCCUGGGGGUCUUUGUCCACGUCUUCUUUUACAGCCUACUACUCUUUGAUCUGGUUUACCGGGAAGAGACCUUGCUGAACGUCAUAAAGAGUGUGACCCGCAACGGUCGCUCCAUCGUUCUGACGGCGGUUCUGGCUCUUAUUCUCGUCUACCUCUUCUCUAUCGUGGGCUACAUCUUCUUCAAAGAUGACUUCCUGCUGGCUGUCGACAGAAUACCAAACACCACACUCGAACACGGAGCCAGCAUGGUGGGAGAGCUGUUCUCCGGGGGAGCGUGUCAGAAGGACAACGGAGGGAACUGCUCCACGGAGGCCCUCGUGGAUGCGUCCGUUGCCGUUCAGCCAUCGGUUGUGAUUGAGGACAAAGAGCGAUCGUGUGACUCCCUGCUCAUGUGCAUCGUUACGGUGUUGAGUCACGGCCUCAGGAGUGGAGGAGGUGUUGGAGACGUCCUGCGGAAGCCGUCAAAGGAGGAACCAUUGUUUGCGGCCAGAGUCAUCUAUGACAUGCUGUUCUUCUUCAUGGUCAUCAUCAUCGUCCUCAACCUCAUCUUUGGUGUCAUCAUCGACACGUUUGCUGACUUGAGAAGUGAAAAGCAGAAGAAAGAGGAAAUCCUGAAGACAACAUGUUUUAUUUGUGGUUUGGAAAGAGACAAGUUUGACAAUAAGACGGUUACGUUUGAAGAGCACAUCAAAGUUGAGCACAACAUGUGGCACUACCUGUUCUUCAUCGUCCUGGUGAAGGUCAAGGACUCCACCGAGUACACUGGCCCGGAGAGUUACGUGGCUGAAAUGAUGAGGGAACACAACCUGGACUGGUUUCCACGGAUGCGGGCCAUGUCGCUGGUCAGCAGCGACGCCGACGGCGAGCAGAACGAGAUCAGGAGCUUGCAGGAGAAGCUGGAGUCCACCAUGAAGCUGGUGACCAACCUCUCGGGGCAGCUGACGGAGCUGAAAGAGCAGAUGACGGAGCAGAGGAAGCAAAAGCAGCGGAUCGGCCUGCUGGGAAACCCUCAACACAUGAACAUCAACCCGCAGCAGCCUGCGUGAGGUCUACCGGCGGCGACGCUGCUCCACCGGCCGACGUGUGCAGCUCUCUCGCCAGGAGCACGUUAGUGUUUGCUCUGCUGAGUGUGACAGUAGCGUAAAACGGUAGGGAGACACUUUAACAUAGGUAGUUAUAAGGCGAUGUGUAGCUCUACCCAUCCUCGUGUCACAGACACCCACACUCUGUUCUGUUCCGUCUGUGCCAAAUGGUUUUCUUAGAAAUAAACUGGAUUUCUCAACACAUGGCCUUUAAGAGAUGACCUUGAAACAUGGGGACGCUAACUGGAAAUAAUGAACUGUUUGGGGGGUGGUUUUGUUUGUUUUCGAAGGGGUUUCUUUAUUUGUACGUCAUGCAUAAUGAGCAGUAUUUAUUUAUUUAUUUUUGUAUGUUGUGCAAUAUUUUUAACUUAAAUAUGCAACCUUGUUGGUGUGUAGAUUUAAGUUCCCUCAGUUGCGUCUCAUUUAAAAGCGCUGGCCAGUACGUCGGUCUGGUCCCGGUCACCAGACAAACGUGUCUGCAGUUACACAAGAAUAGAGUUAAAAUAAUAAGCUGUCCUUCUCUUUAUUUCUUCAAGUGUGCAUACUUUGAGUGACAACUGUAUCCAUUAGAGGUAGUAUAUGGUGUGAGAGCAAUAUAAACGGAUAGAUUUCUUCCAGCUGUUUAAUCUAAUGGUCUUAUCUCAGUGCUAAAGAAAUUAGCUUCCUUAUUGAACUGCUUUGUAAAGGACGUUUAAAGUAUCCCCACUGUCAUCCACGCUGUUACGGUGUAAUUUAUAUGCUAGUAAACACCAUUUAGUAUAAUUUCUCCACUUUUGCUGCAAACCUCUUCCAUUUGUGCCUGUUUUGUUCCUUUUUUCUUUUUUUUUUUUUCCUUCCUCCAGUGAAGUCGAACACGAUUUACUGCUUCUGCUGAGUCACUAACGUCAGCGUUCACGCUGAUGAGCGUCUUUGUUGGUUUUCAGGCUACAAAUAGCAAGUACUUUUCUUUUUUUUCUUUUUGGACUACUAUAUGUAAAUAAAGUUUGCUUUCUUUUGCUUUUGUAUAGAAAAUUAAGAUUACAAAAAACUGUAACUCAAAAAUGUUAGGAUUAAACAAAGUAAUGACGAUUUGUAUAUUAAAGUAGUUAUUUAUUAAAAUUGAUGUAAUUAACAUGUUUCUUGCACAGUUAUUGAUGUUGGCUCAAACUUUCUACGAGAGAUUAUUAAUUGGCUUUUUGAUAUAUAUCGCUGUGCUCUAGUGCUUCAUCACACGUGGCCAGCUUUUCAUGACAGAUGAAUCAUUUGUAAUGAUUUAUCUAAUGUCCCAGUGUAAGUUGACUAGCGACAUAAAUCAGUCAUGUUUAUCAGCAUCCCAUAAGCAGAAGAUGAAUUUAUCAAAUAUUUGAUCACAGGAACCGUGACCUUUCUGGUUGCGAGUAAGCCGGGCCCCUCCGUGAUGCUGGCGGUGUUUAGUUUGUCUCGCGGGGUUAAUGCCACCGUUUCAGUCCAUUUUCCGGUUUAAAUAUUAAAAUAGAAGCUGGAACUGUUUUAUUAUUGUUGCUGUAAUUUUUUUGUUUUAUCUUUGUAUUGUUUUAUUUCUUAUUUUUAUUUUAUUUUUUCACCAUAGGAAGAGGAGAGAAUCUCUGACCGUACUGCUUCCAUUCUCUAUGCCAUUUAUGACAGUACUAUGAUCAUCUUGUUACCACGAGUUUCUUAAUAAAAAAUUGAUCACAAAAAAAAAUAUUAAACUGGAAGCUGGAUCCAUCCCCUGGCUUUCGCAGACACCGCCUCUGGACUGGAAACUGGCCUCAGUUUUCUGACACCAGCAACCACCGGCACAA